AUGCUGCCCUCCGCCGACGACUGCGAUGACUGCAUUCCCGAAUACAUGCGCCACUCGGCGUCGAGCACUCUCUUCUCGUGCCUGCCCUUCAUCGCCACCUUCCUCGUCGUCGCCCUAGCCGUGCACCACCGCCUCUUCCCGCUGCUGUCGGGCUCCCAAUCGCCCUUGUCGCCGGCCGCGUCCUCGUCGCCGACCCACCACCACGACCCGCACUCGCCCACCACCUUCCGCGACCCGUGGCGCCGCAGCCUGUCCGCCCAGCGCGUCGCCGGCAUCGUCUUCUCGACCAACGUCGCCCUCAGCGCCGUGCUGGUCGAGCUCAUCCUCUGCGAAAUCUCGAACUCGCUGAACCAGACCGCCCGUGGCCUCGCCCUCCGCACCACCCUCUCGCUGCUACUGGUCCUGCUGGUCAUCGUCACCCCCGCCCUGGAAAUCCACUCGGUCCUCUCCGCCGCGGGAUGGAGCUUCACCGACUCGGCCAAGGGCGGCCGCGUCAAGAUUGCGUGGUUGCUGGAGGGCAUUGGAAUGGCGCUUUGGCUGCUGGCCUUCUGGUGGCUGGGCGAGGGGCUGCUGGGCAGCUACCUGCAUGAAAAGAGCUACGUGAACAAGCACACCUUUAGCGAGGGGUGCCUUGAGAGGAUCGGCGUCAUUGGUGUCAGUCUGAUGGCCAGUCUUGCUGGCUUUGCUGCCGUCAGCUCGCUGUGGCAGAAUUUUGGGGUCAAGCAAAAGACGAUCACCGAGGCAGACAUUGCGCGCAAGCAGGCUGGUCUGGACGCCACAAACGACAUGCUGCAGGUGAAGCAGAGCCGGCUACGUGCCGUGCAGCGCCGGCUGUCCGAGAACCCGCAGGAAGGUUUCAUGACGCGGGUCAUUGGGAGCAUCCGCGGCAAUGCCGAGCAGCAGGAGCGCCAGAGCCUGCAGCUCGAGAUCUCCGGGCUGGAGACGAUGGCGGCAGGGCUGUCCAACUCGCUGCUAGCCAUGCAGAACCGGCGCCAGGCACAGCUGCGCUCCAAGACGGCGCUGGGCCACCUGCUCAACCUCUUCUCCUACAUCUUCUCCAUCUACUGCCUGUACCGCAUCGGGGCGACGACACUCACGACAUUCCGCCGGCUGCACUCGCCAAGCACCAACUUUUCCAACAGCGACCCGAUCAACAACGUCCUCGCGCUGCUGGCCAAGCACUGGGACCCGUCGCUCGACCGCGCGGCGUGGUCGCGCCAGAUCUCGUUCCUGCUCGCCGGGGUCAUGCUACUGGCGUCGUUCAACAGCGUGCUGCAGACGUUUCUGUUGCUGUCGCGGCUGGCGGGCCCGGCGCUAGCGCUGCUGCAACACGCUCGCUCCAACCUCGCGCUCAUCGUGUCGCAGAUCUCGGCCGCGUACGUCAUCAGCUCGGCGCUGCUGCUGCGCUCCAACCUGCCGCCCGAGUACCGCGGCGUCAUCAGCGAGGCCCUCGGCGCCCCGCUCGAGCCCGGUUUCGUCGAGCGCUGGUUCGAGGGCUGGUUCCUGGCCGCGUGCGUCGCGUCGGCGCUGGGUGUGUGGUUGGGGAAGAAGGUGAGGAUGGGCGAGUGGGGAGGGGAUUUGGACGAUGACUACGCCGAGGCGGACGUGGAGAUGGGGAAGAUGAGCUGA